AUGAAUCUUCGCGAUCGCCUAAAGUCUGUCAGAUAUUCUUCUCUCAGUCUGCCCGCUGAAUCCAACCAUCAUGCGGUUCCCUCGACCCCGGACGCAUUCCAUGAGUGUCAAUCUCCCGAGUCAGUGGAGAGUGAAGUUAUUCUAAAUCUCCAUAUCAUGGAAAGUGAAAUGGGUUUACGACCAGCAGGGCAUGCCAGAAGGCUGUCCCAGUCCAGCUCUCGCCACUCAUCCGCUCACGGAACUCCUUCGAAUGACGUUGAGGACCCGUUGGAAGAAACAGACAAUUCUCCCCUCACAGUGGAUGACAACGGUCAAUUAAGGUACUUCGGCUACUCUUCAUACAUGAGAAUGGUGUCUGUUCUUCCUCAAGCAAAAGCAAAGUCACCCCAGAGACAAAGGGGUCCAUUUUCGCCAGGGGAUAACUCUAUCGAUAUCGACGGAGAGGCAAUGGCCGAUAGCCCCGAAACUCAAACUCACCUGAUUGGGUUGUUCUUCAAGUACCAGAAUGCCGCAAUACCAAUUCUCGACGAAGAGACUUUCCGACAAGGAUAUUCUUUAGGGGAACGGUCAGAUUACUUCUCAUGGUUUCUGCUAUAUUCGCUGCUUCUCAGGUCAUUAAAUUUCGAUGAUGAUCUAGUCCACCGGGAAACACUGGCAACCAUCUAUACCCGCCGGGCAAAGGCUGAACUACUAUUUGAAAUGGAGAAUCCCACUCUUUCCACAAUCCCCGGCUUGUGUCUGUUUGGUUACUAUUUGGCGGGGUUGGGAAGUGACAGAGCGUGCUGGCUUUACCCAGCGUACCGUCUAGUCUUUGAUUUUGGUUUGCAUGAAGAUUGCAAGAACCUGGUAGCUGCUGGGCUGCUCACUGAGGUUGAUCAACGAGUGCGACAGACAACACUUUACGGAUGUUACGUUCUUGACAAGCAAGUUUCCUCUCAUGAUAUGCCUGCCUACUCGUUCCAAGGUCGACCGACCGCCAUUCGUCUGGAUGACCUUAAUAUGACCCGACUCUCCGCGCAGAGUUUGGGUACAAGUAACCAACUCGUGGCUACGUGGGUCGAGCUAGCAUCUCUACUAAAUGAUGUGCUAUCUGUGAUCAACGGUCCCCCGGAGAAGAUAUACGAAGACCUCUCUGUGAAAAGACUCUCCCAAGUGAGCCGAAAGCUGCUCGCCUGGUUCUUAAAUCUUGCCCCAGAGCUGCAGUGGGAUGCAACUCGCUCAAUAUCACCGAGCGUCUGCGCUCUUCACCUCCAAUUUUUAUCCACAACUAUCCUUCUAAACCGACCAUUUGCAACAUAUAUAUUCAACCGCGGUCCCAAAUCGGCGCCGAGGCGACGAUGCCUAGAAGGGCAGACAACCAAAAUUUCACAGCAAAUCUGCACGGCGAAUGCAAUCAGGGUGUCAAAAUUACUAUUGACCUACAGGCAACACCACGGUGCUUCUAAAAUCUUCUCCACCAUUAACCCUACCUGCCUCUCGGCUGCCGUGGCUCUGAUAUCAGAUAUUGUGAGUGCGAUACCAGACGAGGAUAAAGAAGCAGAAAGAAAGUGGCUGUCUGCUAUUAUGGAGACAUUGGACGCGAUUAUACCCUGGUAUCCAGUUGCGGAACGAAGUCGCAACACGCUGGCCGCCAUUAUGAACACCUGUGGGCUGUCAGAUAUUGUCAAACAGCUUGCAGUAAAGUCACGAAAUAUCCCAGUUGCAAUGCUGCCGAGUCAUGGUCCAACAGAUGCAUCAGGAACCGGCUGGAACACAGAUGUCGAUUUCGCAUUUGACCUCGAAUUUCCGUUCGACUCAGUAUAUGACGUUCACAACAUCAGCCUCACGGGUUUCUAUGCGCAGCCCUCACAGAUGAAUUUUGGGAACUGGGGGACUGAAGAUCCACUCUAUGGACUUAACCUAUAA